AUGUCCACACGCGCAUUCAAGUACAUCUAUUACCAUAUUGUUCACCCUCCAAUGCUGCCUCAGCACAAUGAGACAGAAGCUUCCGACCAGGAGGAGCCAUUGGAGCGGGGGUUAUAUCGGCUGGUCUCAAGCACCCUAGAAGAUUUUGCUAGUAAUUGUCCACCAGAGUCAACGGGACCCUGGAACAUCACGAUCAAUAUGCUAAACCUAUGGAUGUCGAUUGAAAAAGGAGGCACUCUAUGCGAAGAUACUUUGAGAGACGCCCUCUCUAAUAUACGAGCUCACGGGGCUGUGGCGCUUCACAUCCGGGCUCAGAACUGCGGCUGGCUGGCCUACUAUGACCAGACUGGCGACAAGUUGAUUUUCGAUGCAUUUGAAGCAUCCCCCCGUGCAGCAGAUGUUUUAUCUGCGGAGGGGAGUCUUCUUCGGCAAUUUCCUGGGUUGAGCGUGGCUGUCCCAGCAUGUGUAGUUGACGAGCCGAAGUUCUGCUCCUGGUUAGCAGGAGAGAUUGGUCGCCUCUCUAGCGAGACGGUGGACAAGAUGGUCCCCACUACUAGGAAAGCAGGAGCGCAGGCUCUUGAGGAGCGCGACACCAUCCAUCCUGGAAUGGUCACUGAAAACCUCAUGAUCCAGCUUCUAGCACGAGGAAUCUACAACAAUUGGCCGUCCUUUGACAAGCACAUGCGCGAUGAGGUCAACUGGAGAAAUAGUAGACUUCCCUGGAGACGAUCUCCCCUUUGGUUCGUGAUACGAGUCACACUACAGACUGUUCUUCAACGCGCUUUCGGCGAUAUCGAGGGGCAUCGCCAAUAUAAGAAUUUCAUGCUCUACCUCGUUGCCCAAAUCGCCCUGAAUACCAACGUCAUGCCAAGCACACUCUGCGCUGAUCAGCUACAGGUGAUCCGGUUCAAGAUUGCUCGUCGUAUCAGCAAACUAGAUGAUAAGGUCAACAAUUUUGUGGCGCAACGUGCACUCUCGGCAGAAAGAGCACUUAAGACCAGAUUGGCAGACAUUCAGAUGAGAUUCAGGGAAAGUGACUCGAUUAUCAUUCCAGAAAGAUUUGUGUGCACUCCGCAAGAUUUCCACUUGACACUUUCUCAAUCGACUACCGCCCUUGCGGCAGCAAUGUCGCCAGGUCCUACAGUUGUGAGAAUCCCGGAGUUUGAUCAUCAUGGCCAGACUCGCGACCAACGUGAUCAUCACGGCCUUCCCAUACCAAAGGAACGUGACCUCAUCUCCGUUUUGGACUUUGAGCGUUGGGUCGAAUACGAUAUGGGUGCCUGGGCUGAAACAGUGAUUCCAUCAGGGGACUCCAUUUGUGCGAUAGCGGAUCGAUUUGGCCAGUAUGACAAAUGCGCGACUGAACUCUUCGCGGGUAACCCUGAGGCAAUGUCAGUCAUGCGACUAACCCAGUUAGAGUUAUGGGUUACCUUCGAUCGCAUGUGUACCGCAGUGUGUCCGCUUCUCAAAAAGUAUUCUCCCGAGAUCCCGGUCAAUUUUCUCGAGCCACUGCUCUUACCACACCGUUGCCAGAUGCGCAGAGCAAAAGAGAUCGAGAAUUAUAUUCGCGUCCGGCAUCGGGACCAAAGAUGUGGUUCAAUAUAUCGCGAUCCCGGGAGCGAAAGCUUUGCGGUCUCAUAUUACGAAUUGUCUGUUAAACUCCCGCCACUGCGGCAAGAGAUUGAGCAGUAUGCCCAGGGCCAACUGAGGGAAAAAGAAAUGGAGUGGAACCUAAAAUCAAGUAAAUACCGCGAGCUGUACGCUCAAGCUGCACAGCUCGAACACGAUAUGGAGCUGAACUCGCGAGGACGCUAUAGCUGCGUGCGAACAUGUAGAAAGUGCUCAUAUGUGGAACAGGCCGAGGACAUCACUAUUGAGAGCUUUGAAUGGCCUCUUCCGAAUGAUGGAAGCAGUUUGAGGUCUGUGCUCUUUGAGCUAGUCUGUCCCCAUUGGUUUGCGGCAUGGCGCGAUUUGACCUGGAAAAUCGUCCAGGACUUUGGUCGACGUGAACUGAAGAAAGCGCAGGAUAUGGAGCAGAAUCUGCUGAAUUAUAGUGGGACCCACAGGUUUGCCGUCAAGUGGGGCCAGCGCCUCACUCUAGGUUCGAAGACAAAGUCAUGGCGACGGACCCAUUACAAUUGUCGAACAUUUCCGGUGGACUUUCAGGAAAUCAAUCGGCCGUAUCCCUUUCAACUCCGGCUUCUUGACAGCGACAGCAGUGGGAAUGGCUGGGUUACUGACCAGACAGAGUCUUCAACUGUCAAACCGUCGUGCACGCUUCGUCUCCCACAAGGGCGCUAUUCCAAUCUUCAAUAUGCAGUGGACUCUUUCCGACACACCCAGAACCAGGUCCUCGCGGACCAAGCGCACUGCCACCAGUCACUGAGUUUGCACGAAUUCGUUGCUUUUGGCUGCUUGCGCGCGGGUGAACGUGUACAAUGGCUCAACAUCGUGCGUGAGCUCGCAUCCCCCGCUCUCUCGUUGAACGAAGAGUCCGUUGGCAUUCUCAUCCGCCAGGCGGCAUGGGAGCUAGGCACACCUAGCAAGAACACGGAGUUGAGAGAGGCCCACCGCGUCUUCGAGGACAGGUUUUUCAGCGAGUGUCUACUGGAGACUCUGGAACGCCGGCUCGACACUAUUGAAGCAAAUUGGAAUGAGCAUCAUACUCUGGAAACGCUGAUCGUCCUUGCACUCCGCACCCUCAGCCUGUCUGAAGUAGGUGUUGUGGUCGAACGGGCGGCUGCGUUUUUGUGUCGCAGCCGGCAGGUCACAAUGCAGUGGAUAGGGAGCCUCAUCACUACUCUAGAUUCACAGACAGGCGUACAGGGUCAUGCGCAGCAGCAAUUACUCGUUCGGGUCGGAGGAAUCUGCCAGCUCACGUAUGCCGUUGAGUCGCACCUUGUCCCGAUAAUCUUACGCAACACGGAGGAUCUCUUCCAUCUCAUCCGCGCCUCCGUUAUUGUCUUUGAGAGUAUGCCACCGGAGAUGAGGGGGAAUAAUCCGACAGCGACUGUUGCGUGGGUGCAGACCUCCAGAAUUCUGCAUCGUGUCGAAGCACGUACGCGUCAGCUGAUCCAGCAAGAUGCAUCGGGCCUCAACUAUGCAAUUCAAGAAAGUGUGCCGAACACGGCCAUUACUACCCCGUGGAGCUUCGGUCACGGUAGCUUGACCCGAUGGGCGAUAAAUCACUUAGCGCCCGAUGGAGUGCGACAGAAGCAGCAGGUGCGGUAUGAUUUGCUCAGCGGCGAGCUCCUUGUCGAUAAUUCCCCCCCUAGCCGUCUUCCGGAGAGCUAUACGCAACAUCCGACCUUUCGACGUCUUUUUGGUUUGCGAACGCUCACCGUACUCCCAUCAAACCUGCCCGGAUCCAGAUUCAUGUCUGCGCGGCCAUUCGAGGGCUACCAGGUUCAUUUCGGAAUAGAAGAAGAUCGUUUGGUUAUCACGGCUCAGCAAGGCAGCCAAGUGCUCCGAUUUAUUCCGUACGACCAGCUCAUUGGCGACUUUCCCAAGUGUCUACUUCUCGAUUAUGCGCACUGGCUCAACCUGGAAGAUAAAACGCUAGAAUUUCGUCCGGUGGCACAGGCGUGGCAAUCUGAUUCCGAUAACUGGCGUCUGUCGAUGAGCCUUACAUGUGCAGGACCGGCGGUUAUGAUGCGAUCCCGUUGCACCUUGGUUGACAUACACAGUCAGCUUUUCGUACAACUGUCCAAGGUCCUGGUAGCAUUGGACAAACCGGAUUAUAUGAUCGCGUAUCAAACAGCCGAAAACAUGGUCGUGGUAGAGUUGGCUAGGUUACGCUUGCGGUUUUUCGUCAACAGAGAAGGAAUGUUGGAAGCUCCAGAGCUUCAAGCCACUGUGGAUCGUAGGCAGGAUAUCGGAUGUUUUUAUGGUCUGAAAAACAAACUCAUCCUACGAGACGUCAAUGAAAAAGAUCGGCGAUCAGUGUUGAUACCGUACGGUGAUGCUCAACUGUCGAAGAAAAAAAAUCAUACGGUCAUUCGCAUUGAACCACCGGAGGACUCUCGCAAUCGCUAUUUCCAGUAUUUCCUUGAUGGCGAGUUGCAGGAGCUUCGAGGAUCUUCUGAUAUGUUGGGAACACUAUAUCAAGCUUAUAUGCAUGCACUCACCGGCUUUGUUCUUGAAGACCCCGCCACCCACCGAUCGGGAACCGCAGAGGCCCUUCGGAUCUUGCGGCAGGCGAGACUGCGUUCUUCUUUACCCCUUGAGAGGGACUGUAUUGAACUGUUGGGUCGCCUUGCAGCAAUGACGCCCCGUCGGAAGUAUUAUCCAUCUCAUCUACGGUGCAUGCAGACGAUUGAGUGGAACAGUGACCUUGGAGAAUUGGCACAGCACGACGACUUUCAGUUCCUUGUUCAGGAGAUCGUCGACCACGCGCAAUUGUUCUCCAUGUUGCACGAUGUCAGCACCGAAGACCUCGAAGCGUAUGUGCGAUGUUACCAGAACCGGGGAGAGCCACAUCUGAUUGCCAGGGCUCGUCUGCGCCAUGCACAGUUCUACCCCGCUGAGUUCGGAGGUAGCACGGUACGCCGCGCACCAAAGCCGUCUGCGUACUCGGCACGCGACCGUGGCAGCGGGAGUGAACGAAGCAACCGCGUUUAUGAGAUCGCCAGUCUAGUUCGCGACUGGCCAACGGGCGUGCCUCAUUGUUCAGAUUUCUAUGCGACUAUUAGCAACUGGGAGUGCAUACGGCUGGCUAACCUGCGUGUUGACAGCCUUAGCUGCAAUGAACUGCUGCAAUUGUCAUUCAGAGACGCAUGGGGUGCUCUGUACGAGCUGUGCCGGUCGCUAAACCGGCGACAGGACUCAUACAGCCUCAUGUCUCUUUUCUGCACCAUUGCAUUCCGGGGGUAUGAGCAAUUGUACAGUUUGCGUCCAUUGCUUGCGGUCGCAUUUUCUGCUCGAUUUGCUGAUCUCGCGGUUCCUGGCUUCGGAGGGCAAUCUGUGCUUUACUUGCAGCGGGGGGAAGAGCUCAUCCCAUCUGAAAUAGCAGAUCAGGUUAGCCUCCAUUACACGCCAUUCCGAGACCCACCGCAUCUGUCAGGUCUGUCAGGCACACGCAAAAGGGAAAUCCGAGAGGAGAGAGAAAGGUAUCUGGGCGAAAAGGAGAAUCAUGUCCGUCAAUGUCUGGAUGUCGUCACCGACCAAUGGCCGUGUGAAAGACCCCAGCUACCGGACAUUCCUCGCCUAGACCGCCAGAACGCCUCAGAGGCCUGUGCCCUGCUGUGUACCCAGUGGUACCAAAACCGCACGUUCCUCCGGUUCUUGCGAGAAGUCCAGGCCCGCUUGGAGGCGCUAGGUACUGAACCAGACGAGCAGAACCGGAGCGUUCCGCCCGCCCCCUCUCAACAGGCCCGUCCCGCAGAGAGAUCUUUCUUCCCACCUUCACUUCUAGACCUGUUACGGACACAUGAUAUCCCGACGGAAGUCCCACCUUUACCGGUGCCCCUCACAUUCAACAGACCGCGCGUUCCACGGUGCUAUAAUAAUGAUACUACUCCGGAGCUUGAUUCUCUCAUUUCUGAGUUUUGCGGCAACCCUGAUCCGUACCAUCGCGAAUUAGGGGAAGGCCUGCGGGACAGCCUCGAGGCUCUGGAAGCGCGUGAGUGGCCAUGUUCGCCCACCUCGCUGUCUGUGCCGCGGGACGUUCUUGAACGGCACUGCCGUGUUCUCACGCAACAGCGAGACGACCUCUGGGACCGUCUCCAUGAAACGUUAACCGUCGCCAGUGGGUCCGCAGAACGCAUUUCUAGUACCCUGCUCUGGCCACACAUCAGUGUGCUCUCAGUUCUAUCGCUCCUCGUGGCUGACCAAUGGUGGCACGUUCCAGAUUCGUGGAAAUCUACGUUGCUAGCGUUUGCCCAGAGCGUGACGUCUCUACGCCGAUCCAAGCGUCUGCUAGCUUGUUAUAACCGGUCUGACACCGAUGGCUUCUACAAGGAAGCCGAGACAGUGGGGAGUGAGGGCUGGGAUACCGCGAGGAGCCCAGAAUGGCUUCUACUCGAAAUUGAAAACAAUAUCACUAUCCGCGUCCAACAAGCCGAAGUCGCGCAGCGCAUGAUUUGCCCUGACCAGCCUGGAAAUGCCGUCUCGCAGUUGAAUAUGGGUGAGGGGAAGACUACCGUGAUCACCCCGAUGGUUGCGCUAAAUCUGGCAAAUGGCUCUACAGUGCCGCGAAUCAUUGUCUUGAAGCCCCUUCUUCGACAGAGUCUGACUCUACUCACGCAAGUACUGGGUCGCAUCCUAAACCGUCCGAUCUAUCACUUCCCUUUCUCCAGGGAUACGCCUCUGGACAAGAAGAUGCUAAAGAGUCUGCGAAAGAUGUACGAGCAGUGUCAGAAGUAUCGGGGAGUCUUGAUCGCGCUUCCAGAACAUAUAUUGUCUUUUCGCUUGGUCGGACUAGACCUGAUUGAACGGACACCAAAACUGGCUCAGAAGGCGAUCAACUUGGAAACAUGGCUGCAAGAUAAUUGCCGCAAUCUUAUCGACGAGAGCGAUGAGGUUCUCGACCCGAAGUUCCAAUUGGUGUAUGCCAUUGGGAGCCAGCAGUCCCUGGAUGGGCACAGUGAUCGAUGGCAAAUCGUGCAGAGCUUGCUGUCAUUGGUGGAACAGCAGGCGACAGAACUCCAUAACCAGGAUCCAUCCGGCAUAAGCGUCAAAUACCGUGGUGCCCGGUACCCAAUAAUUCAAUUUCUUAGGACAGACAGAGCAGACACUUUGAUGAGCAUGGUUCUUUCAGCUAUUAAUAAGCAUGGGCUAAAUGGACUACCACUGCACCUUUGGAGCCGCCGGAUCCGUCAACGGGCGCUGAAUUUUAUUUGUUUUGCUCAUCUGAUGCCGCAGGAGCCUCAGUUUAUCCGAGACGCCUUCGGACAGGGGACUACUCUGCGAAAGCUACUGGUUCUGCGAGGCCUCCUGGCCCAUGGUAUUCUCAGGUUCGCCCUGGCUGGAAAGAGGUGGCUCGUGGAUUACGGUCUUCAUCCGAGCCGAUGCAUGAUGGCGGUCCCCUUCCGCGCGAAGGGGAUUCCGUCCGAGCACGCUGAGUUUGGUCACCCAGAUGUCGCAAUCAUUCUGACAUGCCUGAGUUACUACUACCAUGGCCUCAAUCCUGAGCAAGUUCGGAUCUGCUUUAUGCUGCUGGGUAAGGAGAAUGACCCCGAAGCCGAGUACCAGGGCUGGAUCUGUAGAGCUAGAUCUACUCUGACCCCGCAACUCCAAGUGCUCACCGGUGUUAACCUGGAAGAUACCUCGACUUUCAUGGAGGUUCUGUAUCCCCAUCUGCAUUAUCAAAAGGGUCUCGUCGACUUUUACCUCUCCAGAGUUGUGUUUCCGAAGGAGGCCAAAGAAUUUCCUCAUAAAUUAUGUACCUCGGCAUGGGAUCUGCCAUCAAAGCCCGAUCAACCACUUACCACGGGUUUUAGCGGGACGAAUGAUAACCGAUUCCUCCUCCCACGGUCUGCACCGCAGCGGGACCUACCGCAGCUCCUCCACACCAAUGCAUUGGUCCUGAGCCUUUUGCUCCGAGAGGAAAACAGGCGCUGCAUUGUGGCAGAGGAUACGAUGGGCCUUCAACUUCAGGCGGAACAGCUGCUCGAUCUUAUCAGCCAGCAGAAUCCCCCAAUCAGGGUCAUCAUUGAUGUGGGUGCGCAGAUCCUCGAACUGAGCAAUCAAAGCGUCGCAUAUCGGUGGCUUUCCACGACUGCAUCGUCUGAUGUGGAAGCUGCCAUCUUCUUUGAUGAGCGCGAUGAGGUCACUGCCAUCGAUCGCGAGGGUCACUGCGAGAAACUGAUCUCAUCGGCAUUUAAGCAACGAAUGGGAAGCUGUCUGAUUUUUCUCGACCAGCAGCAUUCGCGGGGCGUGGAUCUCAAAAUCCCUGCAGAUUACCGGGCCGCAGUAUUGCUUGGCCCUCGUUUGCCCAAAGAUAAAGUGGUGCAAGCAUGCAACAGGAUGCGUGGGCUGGGCCAGAGACAAUCCGUGACAUUCGUAAUCCCGCCAGAAGUGAGUCACAGUAUGCCUCCACGCGGCACAUCCACAACGUCACUCGAUGUGAUUCGGUGGGCCCUUACACAGACAUGCAAUAUCUUCCAGAGCUUGCGUCCGCUCUGGGCACUUCAAGGCCUGCAGUAUCACAGACAUCAGAAAGUAUGGGACAAGCUGCUGCGAGGGGAAAGCCCCCCACGGGAGGCUGUUCAAGAUAUACAGGAACUGGAGGCUCGGACUUUGUCCCAGCUAUACGCGCCGUGGGAUAAGCUAGAAAGUUGGUCUAUCGAUGAGACACUGGUGCAGGAUAACCCUAUAGUCAAAGAGCUCCUGGAAGUCUGGCGAGGGUCAGGUCAUGGCAUGCAACAACUCGCUCCGUUGCACGAGGAACAAGAGCGACAAAUCAGCCACGAAGUACAGAGGGAGCAUCAAAUUUGCCGCCCCCCACGGCUUUCUGCCGUCCCUCAUCACAUCCAUGAAGAUGUUCGUUACUUUGUAACCAAUGGAAAAUUGCCUGACAGCGGUUAUACUGCGGUGCAGUCCGCAUUUGAGAUCUUUCGGCAUACUUCUGCAGGCCAAUUCGGGUUUCCGACUUCGCUAGCGCCAAAUCUCUGCGUGACACAGGACUACAGUCGCACUGUCCAACUGAGAGAGGAAGACUGCAGUGAUGAAUUUCUUAAGCCUGCUCAUUGGGUUCUCGCAAAUACGCACGACCAGGGACUGCUUCUCCUUAGUCAGUACGAAGUCAACGAACUUUUACCAGACAUUCGGUCUUCGCAAAAAGCCAAGCUACUCAUUUACACCCCGAAAACAACCAGGACCAUGCGAUCUUUUGAGCCUCUGAACUUUCUGCACGUGGGUCUCGGUCACACAAUCCCCCGUCAGCCUCAGACGACCGCUCGAGAUUUGGGUCUUUUCGCCGGCACACUUUAUUAUGAGACAUUCUCGAUCUACGAGAGCCUUCGCCAUUUCCUCGGACUAGUGACGGAAAAGUACCGUAACAUUCCUGAAGAUCAAGUGACCAAUGGAGGUUUUGUUAACUCGGCUACGCGACAGGCCCAUAGUUGGCCGGUGGAUUCCCCCUUCCAGUCGUGUCCCCUGCAGUUUCUGGGAGCUAUUCUUGAUAUACGUUGUAAGAGCCAUGGAUACUUACAAACGCACGCUGGCACGAUCGUGGAAGCAAUGCCACUAACUGCAGCCCAAUUCUAA